AUUGUGCUUCGAGUAGUUCUGUACCGAUUUUCGAGUAGUUGUCGUUGUCUUGAAAAAUCUGGCAUCUCUGGUGACAAUUUAUUAUAUGUGCCGUAAACAAUAUGUAGUUCGUUCAAUAUUAGAUAUUAUGUAUAAAUAAACCAACAAAUGAACGCUGUGAAUGCUGAGGCAAUUUAGUAGUAGAAAUUGCAUGUGUUUAUAGCCAAAAAUGGUUGAAAUAUGAUAGCAUAAUUGUGCCACAUAUGAAAUAAUGUGGCUUCAAACUUUAUUGUAUACACGUUCUCUGAAAUCGCUUUUCAACAGCGAUUUUAGUGCUCAAAGAACAAUCAAUUGUAUAUUUUGGUUAUGCUGUCUGCUGGCGCUACUUUUUGUCUACUUCAAAAAAAGCUUAAAGCUUGUUUUACGCCGUGGUCAUAUUCAAGCAAUCAAACAUUCCCAAACCGUGCAGCAUGCUUGGAAUAUUUGUUUUUAUCUCGCCGCUACGCUAUUUUUAAACUUGUAUCACAAACUUUUAAUAAGUCCAGAGAUUGUUAAUCAGAGCAGUAAAUACUUUCCUCAAUAUAACAACACUAUAUUUCUUGCUGCUUGUGAUAUAAUAAAGUUUGAGAUCGUUACUAUGGUAAUGGUAGCCUUCGAUACAAUUGGCGCGCUAACACGCCUUAGAAAUUCGGAUUUUUCGGAGGCCGUCCAAAAGUUGCUUUAUGCCUCAUUAUUGAUCUGCUGUUUUGUUUUACGCUUGGAAAACUAUAGCAUAAUGCUGAACGCCUAUUUAGGUGUUUUUAAUGCUUUUCAGGAGAUUUUACUUCUGCUUUCACUACAUAUCAGUGAAAAAAGCGAUACGACACUAAAACUUUUUGUGAUACUUAAUUUUAGUUCAUGGUCGUACUUAUUCCUUAACAUAUUACCAUUUGAGUUUCUCAUUCCUACACUGUACGCCAACAAUAAAGAGCUCCACUUAUACUUAAAUAUAUUUUUUUGGGUAUGGUACUGCUCGAGCAUAUGGAAUUCUCCCAUUCUUAAAUUAUUGUACCAUAAAAUUUACCAUCUAAACCCUAAUGAUUGUAUAGGCGGAGAAUCAUCGCUUCGAUGUAUCCUUCUAGGAGACAGCCGUAAUUACCGACAUCAUCGUAAUAUUGAGAGAGCUCUUCUUGAAUUAAAACUUUAUUACAGCAAAGAUAAGCUUACUGGAACAAGACACGACAACAACGACAAUUCCUCUGUUAAGGCUUUUCAAACAAUUAAAUGCGUACUUGCAUUGAAACGGAAAUUGAAAAGGAUGCGAGAAAAUAGAGAACAAAUUUCGGAGGACUAAUUUUCUUGCAUUUUUGAUGGAGACAUUUGUACAUAACCUCAACACAAUUUAUACUGUCCGGUUACAAUCCAAGAUUACCAUGCAGU